AUGAAUGCUGAGAUCAUCCCCGACUUCCUUGCGGAGCAACGGGAUGCUGCGCCCGAAGACCUUCAGCCGCUGAUACUUGACUUCGAGAAUUAUUGGGAGAGAAAACUCUGGCACCAACUCACCGAUUCACUUGUCCAGUUCUUCAGCCACGACGAUAGCGCCCCGCAGCGCCUAGCUUUCUACAGAGUCUUCAUUCUCAAGUUUGCUGACAAGAUCAAUAAGUUGAAGUUGGUAGACCUGGCCUUGAAGGCUGCUUCGCAAUGCAAAGACAACCGCGAGCGCCUUGAGUUCCUGCAGUCCGUUGUGAGAAAGGUCGACACCGAAGACUCCAAAGAUGCUCUCGUCUUUGCAUCUGUGGCAGUAGCGCAAGUCAAACUAAGCCUGGGCGAGCUUGAUGAAGCGCGAAAAGAUUUGGAUAUGGCCGAACGUAUCCUUGACUCGCUGGACUCGGUAGAGGUUAUCGUCCAUGCUGCCUUUUACGACGCAAACGCUAGCUACUACCAGGCAAGUCGCGCUGCAUAUAAACAAAGGAAGAUGGAUUUCGCCAACUACUACAGAACGGCCCUACUGUACCUCGCAUGCAUCGACCUCUCAACCAUGUCGGAAGACGAACGUUAUCGCCGAGCAUACUACUUAAGCGUCGCUGCCCUGGUUUCGAACAGCAUCUACAAUUUCGGCGAGCUUCUCCUUCAUCCAAUUCUGGAUGUACUUGCACAUAGUGAAGAUGAUUCUUGGCUACGCGAUCUUCUCUUCGCGUACAACCGCGGUGACUUGGCCACCUACGCUGCGCUCUCCGAUCAUAUUGCUUCCAACAAGCUCCUGAACGAGAAUUCGACCCACUUGAAGCAAAAAAUCUACUUGGCUGCUCUGACGGAGGCCGUUUUCCGACGCCCUCCUCAUGACCGGGCGAUGUCGUUUGCCACGAUCUCACAGGAGACAAAGGUCCGACAGGAUGAGAUCGAACACUUGAUCAUGAAAGCUCUGAGCUUGGGUUUGCUACGCGGAACUAUUGACCAAGUGAAUGGAGUAGCCCAAAUAACGUGGGUGCAGCCAAAGGUGUUGGAUAUGACGCAAAUUGGAAGCAUGCGCCAGCGUCUACUCGACUGGGACUCGAGUGUGAACCAGCUGGGUAACUGGAUUGAGAAGGCCGGCAAGGAUGUAUGGGCGGCAUAG